GACAAAGUGUUUAAUUAUUAUUUAUUUUUUUAUUUUGCACAGGUGUACAUAUAUAUAUAUAUCAAGUUGUUUCUUGCAGCAAUAAGUUCAAAUAAACAAUCAGUGAGUGAGUGAGUGAGUGAAGGAGUGAGUUAUAGUUAGUUAGUCAGUUUGUUAGUUUAAAAGUGAGUGAGAGAGAAAGAGAGAAUAAAAAAUUGAGUAUUUGUAAUACAACAUGGUCAUAUUAUAAAAUAAGCAUACUUUAUUGAAACGAGGGAAUCGUGUGACUUGGCAAUUGGCAAACAGUACUGAUCAAAAGACCGUUGGUUGUUCAGUUGUCUCGGAACCCCUGAGCUGUUCGGACGUUUUCAAAUUUUUAUUACAUUGUGUAAAUGUAAUAAAAAUUAAGUUAUAUUAAUAUAAUUAAUUAAUAAUUUUCUUAGCUACAUGUCAAUUAUUUUUUACGGAGUGAAGAAAAUUAUAUGAAAUUAAAAAAAAAAAAAGCGAGUUUAAUUUGUGAAAUCUGAAUAUUUUUAUCGUGCUUUUUUAUAUAGCAAAAUAAUAAUAUAAUGGUGGCAUCCCAAAAUGAUGGUGGCAGAGGUGAUGAUGAUGGUGGUGGUGGCGGAGGUAGAGAUGGAGGUGGUGGUGUUAUAAACAAUCAACAACAAAAUAACCAUAAUAAUAAAAGUAAUAGUAAUAAUAGCAAUAUCAAUAGAAAUAGUAAUAUUAAUAAUCAACAAAAACAAAUACCACAUCAUGUUGUCAAUAAUAAUGAUAAUAAUGAUGAUAAUGAUGAUGAAAAAAGUCCAGUUUAUACAGUGUCAGUACAUAGUGGAGUCGGUUAUAGAAAUGAAGGUUUCAAAGAUGAUAAUAAUGGUGAUAUUAAUAGUGGUAUACCACCAGAACCAAUAAAACCACCAGCAUUACCUCAACAACAACAACAACAACAUCAUCAUCAUCAUAACAACUCCUAUAAUAAUAAUAAUAAUAAUAAUAAUAACAAUACUUAUAAUAAUACAAAUCAUCAUCAGCAUCAUCAUCAUGAUGAUACACAAUCGAGAAAAUUUAAAUUAUCAAGAAGUGAAAAAUGGCGAAUAUUAAAAAAUAUUGGAACAGUAUCAAUAGCAUUUAUGGUACAAUUUACAGCAUUUCAAGGUACAGCUAAUUUACAAUCAUCAAUAAAUGCACAAGAUGGUCUUGGUACAGUAUCAUUAUCAGCAAUAUAUGCUGCUCUUGUAUUAUCAUGUAUAUUUGUACCAACAUUUUUAAUAAAAAGAUUAACAGUUAAAUGGACACUUUGUGUAUCAAUGCUUUGUUAUGCUCCUUAUAUUGGAUCACAAUUUUAUCCAAAAUUUUAUACACUUGUACCAGCUGGUAUAUUAUUGGGUCUUGGUGCAGCACCAAUGUGGGCUGCAAAAGCAACAUAUUUAACUCAAGCUGGUGGUGUUUAUGCUAAACUCACUGAUCAACCAGUUGAUGCUAUUAUUGUUAGAUUUUUUGGUUUUUUUUUUCUUGCAUGGCAAACUGCUGAAUUGUGGGGUAAUCUUGUAUCAUCACUUGUACUAAGUGAAGGUGAAUUUGGUCAUACAAAUUCAACAAUAUCAAAUAAAAUUAAAAGUUGUGGAGCUAAUUUUUGUGUUUCACGUAAUGGUGCUGAUGAGAGUCUCCAAAGACCACCAGAUUCUGAUAUCUAUAAAAUAUCAGCAAUUUAUUUAACAUGUGUUAUUGUUGCUGUUAUUAUUGUUGCACUUUUUGUGGAUCCAUUAUCAAGGUAUGGUGAAAAACAACGUCGAGCUGACAGUCAAGAACUCAGUGGAAUUCAAUUAUUAUCAGCCACUGCUUAUCAAUUGAAAAAACCAUAUCAACAAUUAUUAAUACCAAUAACAAUAUGGAUUGGCAUGGAACAAGCAUUUAUUGGUGCUGAUUUUACUCAGGCAUAUAUAUCGUGUGCUUUGGGUGUACAAAAAGUUGGCUAUGUUAUGAUGUGUUUUGGUGUUGUAAAUGCAUGCUGUUCAUUACUUUUUGGAUCUGCUAUGAAAUUUAUUGGACGACAACCAUUAAUGGCACUAGGUGCUGUUGUACAUGCAGCAUUAAUUGGUGUAUUACUUGUAUGGAAACCACAUCCAGAUAAAUCAUAUGUAUUUUAUACUGUAUCAGGUCUUUGGGGUGUUGGUGAUGCUGUUUGGCAAACUCAAGUUAAUGGUCUUUAUGGUACACUAUUUAGACGAAAUAAAGAGGCAGCAUUUUCAAAUUAUCGUUUAUGGGAAAGUGCUGGUUUUGUUGUAGCAUAUGCAUACAGUACACAUUUAUGUGCAAGAAUGAAAUUAUAUGUUAUGGUUAGUGUACUUAUUAUUGGUACAAUAUGUUAUAUUAUUGUUGAAAUAUUACACAGACGAAAACAAAAGAGACUAAAAGCCAUUGCUGAUGAUCCAAAAGCUGCUCAAGCUGAGGCCAACAAACCCGAAGAAACAGAUGACGAAAAAGAUGAUAUUGACGAUGAUAUUAUCAUAACACAUCUUUAAAUAUUUUUUUUCUUUUUUUUUUUAAAUAUUACAUCGUUAUUGUAAUUCGUAAUUAUAUCCUUCCUUAUAGCUAUUAUCAUUAUUAUUGAAAAAAAAAAAAUAUCAUCUGCCAAUUUUUAAUAUAAUAUAUAAAGUGUAUAUUAUUGUUAUGUAUUUUGCCUUUUUUACCUCGUUGUUGCGAUAACACGUAUAUUAAUUGUCAGUGAAUAUACACAACAGUGCAAUAUAUAUUUAUUGAAAAACCAAGUAAUAAUAAAUUAAAUGCCUUUUUGCAAUGAUGCUUAUAUACGCGCAUAUACAUAUAAUUAUAUUUUUAGUGGAUGUUAUUAUACAUCCAGUUGAGAUUAAUAUAUAGAAACGUAAAGCCCAAAUUUGUUAUGAUUUCAUUAUUGCAAUAAUACAUGUAUAAAGUGAAAAACCAGA